CCAGCCGGUGGCACUUGAAGGAAUCCGGCUGACACACAGGACUGACCAGUACGUUACUCAGUGAGGGUAAAUACUCGUGGAUCCAGCGGCUGAUAGCAGAGGUAUCCAGCCUUUAUUUCAGCAGGACCAGAGACUCAUAUCGGCAGUGAAAACAGGAAGUUACCAUGAUGGCAGUCCUGGGAAGCGCUGGUCGCUUGAUCCAAUUUGCCAGGAGCAGUGUCAGUCUGAGUGUGAGGAGACGCUCCACUGCUGCUGCAUUAGCCCAGACUACAACUCCAGAAACACAGGAGAACAGGAAACCUAAAACAGGCAUCCUGAUGCUGAACAUGGGAGGACCCGAAAAACUAGAAGAUGUUCACGACUUCCUGCUGCGGCUCUUCAUGGACACAGACCUGAUGAAACUCCCUGUGCAGAAUAAGCUCGGUCCGUUCAUCGCCAAGCGUCGCACACCAAAGAUCCAGGAGCAGUACAGUAAGAUCGGAGGAGGCUCGCCCAUCAAACACUGGACUUCCAUGCAGGGAGAGGGCAUGGUGAAGCUGCUGGACGAGAUGAGUCCCGAGACAGCUCCUCACAAGUUCUACAUCGGCUUCCGGUACGUUCACCCGCUGACAGAGGAGGCCAUCGAGGAGAUGGAGAAAGACGGAGUGGAGAGAGCUGUGGCCUUCACACAGUAUCCUCAGUACAGCUGCUCCACCACAGGCAGCAGUCUGAACGCCAUCUACCGUUACUACAGCAACAGAGGCGACAGGCCUAAAAUGCGCUGGAGUGUCAUCGACCGUUGGCCCACACACCCUUUGCUGGUGGAGUGUUUUGCAGAACAUGUCAGUAAUGAGCUGCUGAAGUUUCCAGAGGAGAAGAGAGAUGACGUUGUCAUUCUGUUCUCAGCACACUCGCUCCCUCUGGCUGUUGUAAACAGAGGUGACCCAUAUCCUCAGGAAGUGGGAGCCACAGUUCAAAGAGUCAUGGAGAGACUGGGACACUGUAACCCUUAUAGACUGGUGUGGCAGUCCAGGGUGGGUCCCAUGCCGUGGCUGGGCCCUCAGACAGAUGAGGUGAUUAAAGGUCUGUGUGAACGGGGUAAGAAGAACAUCCUGCUGGUACCCAUCGCCUUCACCUCCGACCACAUAGAGACUUUACACGAGCUGGACAUCGAGUACGGACAGGUGCUGGGGGAGGAGUGUGGGGUGGAGAACAUCAGGAGAGCAGAGUCACUGAAUGGGAACCCUCUCUUUAUGAAGGCUUUGGCAGACCUGGUCCAGUCCCACCUGAAGUCCAACGAGCCGUGUUCCCGCCAGCUGACCCUGCGAUGCCCACUGUGCACCAACCCCACCUGUGGAGAGACCAAGGUCUUCUUUGCCAACCAGAAACUCUCAUAGAAACACACAUACACAAACAUGCGCACACUCUGAUGCCCCUCUUGCAGCAGGGCUAUAUGUGGAGAAACAUAAGGCCUUCUUCAAUUAACUGAAGCUUCAUACACGCACAUACAUAUACACAAUUUCCCCAACAAGAGUGUCAGUUAUAUGGAAAAUGUAACAGGAAGAACAGACCAAAUGGUUUUUGCAAAUACAUUUGUCCUUUGUUUUAUUGUAGCUGUAUGUUGGAAGGGUGGAGUUGUUGUGUUUGAUCUUUUCGUGGGAUUUGUUGACAUCAAGAAAAAUACUGAGUAUCACCUGAGAUUUUCUCAAUCAAAGUCAACUCCAAAAUUUGACAGAUUCAGAAUAUUGAAUACAGAUUCAAACUGAUGAAUGUCAAAGGAUUGCUGUGUGACUUUGAAAUGUGAAAAACAGUAUCAGCAAAGCACAAGUUGCUCCUCAAAUUUAAAAUGUUGUUGCUGGCACUAAUAUAAACACUCUGUAAGGAUUUGCGGAUACUAUUUGAUGAAAGUCUGUGUCGAUAAAAGAACUGACACUGUAGAAACUGCUCAUAUCACAUCAAAGCUACAGGAAAAAAGCCUUGCACUAGUUUUUGGGUUGUUGUUUUUUUCUUUUUUUUUUUUUUUACAAUUCCCCUGCUUACAUUCCAUUCACUUAGCCCCUCAAAACCUCCAUCAGAGACCCUGUUUCUCUUCUCGCUGGUGCUAAAUGAAUAACCCCUCCCCCUUCUCACCUGUCCCUUCACACCACUGGCCCUCCACCUAGUGAUUCCUGCCCAUACAGCCGCAAUCCCUGCAAUGUGACUGGAGGUGGAUGCCGCUGCCUGGUCGGUGGAUACCAGUGAGUUUGAGAGAAAAGUGUGCUGAAGUCACAACCCGUCCUUUUAAUAAUGUGAAUGGAACUUUCAGUUAUUGUAUUAAUCCUCCAUUUAUGCUGGUGCUGAACAAAGCUAAUGUUUAAUAAGAGACGUGGCGUGAUUUCUACAAUGAGUGCAGCUGUAGUCCAGCUGAGAUUUAAAAAAAAAAAAAAAAAAAAGAAGAAGUGUCCAGGGCUGGGACCUCUCAGGGUGUCAUGAAAUAAUGUUGGGUUGUUUUGAGAUGGUUUACAAGCAAGGACAAUAGCAUUGUGAAUAUACAAAUUCAUUAACAUGUUUAUUUUUAUACUGUUGUUUACUCUGCUGAAACAUUGACCAUGUUGAGCCUCUUGGCCUCCACUGGUAACAAAUCCCAAAUUUAAAAGGGAAAAUUUAACUCUUCACUAAUGAACAUGUGCAGCCUUUGGGGCAGUUGUUGAUUAAAUGAAUUAAAUUAGCUGUUAAAUUAAAACUAACCAAGUUAUGUUUUUUCAGCUUUGGUUUCUUGGAGUGCAGGUGAACGGGAAUAUCCUCUGGUUACGCGUCAGCAAGUGCAACACAGGAGUAAAAUAAUACAAACAUAAUGAAAGACAACUGAGAGGCAGCUAACACUAACUCGACCCCGUCCUCUCCAUAAUGCUGGACAAACAGCACUGAGUAGCAGGUAUGAAGGAAAAGUAAGAAAAUCAUCAGAGCUAGCGUUAGCAAGUUAGGCUACUAGCUUGUUUGUGGGCCAUAGAGCAUGGCGUUCUACAGUCAGUAGCGCACAUGGAAGUUGAUAGCAUGUCUUCUAGCUAGUUCUUACAUGUCAGUGAAAGUUAUUUGGAGCCUCUGAGCUUAUUAUGUGCAGAUACUACUUUUCAUUACGAGUACUGAUCUAAUACCUUGGUUCAUCAGUAUCAAAAUAGAUGCAUGUCUUUGUAUCAUAUUUAGCAUUUAGCUAAAGAGGCUUUUUCUGGUUCAUUACUGUGAGCGCUUUGUCUGCCGCACAGUUUCAGUUUUAGACAAGACAAAAGGUUUUUUACCAUUUAUUAAUAAUGAUAUAUUCAUAUAUUCAUAUUUGUGGUGUGAUAAGAGCAGAAAAUAAAGUCAGGAAAAGCAUAAAAAAGCAUUAUUCUACAAUGAUGCGGGAGUUGUCCCCCAGUAAUAUGCAUUCUUUUAAAAACUACAGUGUAGAGAAGUAGCACAGAUGUGUCAAAUUUCAUACGUGGAGUGUAGGAUAAGAGCUUAGUUUGAGUGUUAGACUUUGACUUCUGUCUGCCCCCAGCUCAAUGAAGGCUUUUUUUUUUUUUUUUUUUUUGUCCACUCACAUCUCUUUGAUCAUAGUGCAGUAACUGUGAAAACCCUCAUUCAGUUAGUCAGUAGGUUGAAAUAAAGAAUCCUUAGUUUUAUUUUUCCCCAUUGGUUACUUCAGCUCCAGAAAAUGUAUUGAAGGUCGCUGGUUUGAUUCCCACCUGCUGUCCUAUCUGCUUGGGAUGAUACUCCCAAAAAAAUGUGUAAAUGUCAAAGUGAAACCUUACACUUUUCAUGGGCAGUAACUUGACCUCCAAUCUCUGCCCCUGUUCCCCCUCUACUGUUUUUGUUCUGCUAUGCCAUGACAAUGUGCCUUUUACACUGGCUAACUAGAAAUACUGGACUUGUGCUUUAUGUAAAUUUCAUAUGUGCUUAACCAAAAUUCUGACAGGAAAAAUCCACCCUGAAAUCUGACUUUACAUGUUCCUGCUGUGAUACGGGCCAUUGACAGUCCUCUUCAUGUUUAAAUUAGGAAUCGAUAGAUCCUGACUGAGAUGUCUUAUACUGCAGGUCGCCAUUUUAACAAGUUUAGCUAUUGACCUAAUCUGCUGACUAAGUAGAGGGUGAGCUAGUGAGCUCAGUACUUACUUUGCAGCUGCUCUGUGUGCAGUUCUUCCUUUUCACCAGAUCCAUUGUGGUUCACAACUUCCAUAAACUGUGGCAGUCUGCACACCACAACUUUGUGUGUAGAAAGAAAGAUAUGGCAAAAUUCUGAUAGCUAGAGAUCUCCCCCUUAAAGAAAGGAACUAACCAUUUUGGGUUAGUGUACAAUCGCUCCCGAGUCAGAGCUUUGGGAGGUUUUUGGGAAGUUAUUGUUCAACCCCCCUCCCAAAAAAAAAAAAAUAAUUGGACCUUUUUUGUUGACCGUUUAUUUAUUGAGCUUGUCACCGUCUGCCUUUUUCCAGUCUAGACAGUGUACAUAAUACCUGUGGUUGGACAUUGGUGCUUUUGGACAUGGUUGCCAUUGAUUACCAACAAGUCGCCAUAUUGGGAGGCAGAUGUUUAAAUUCAUGAAGACUUUUCAUGUGUAGCUUCAUCUGACCUCCUCUGCCAGCGCUUAAAAAAAGAUUCCAGUUUUAUAUCAGUCCUCCAACAUGGCCGCAUGUUGUGUCCAUAGGUAAUCUCCAGCAAUGCUUGUAUGAGUUGUACAGUUAUUUUGGUUGGUACAUUUUUCUGCUUCCACUGUGUAUGCAUACAGAAAUGCACUUUACAACACAUAUUCUCAUUCAGUACAAACAGCGUUACUCUGUGCUCUCAGUGCUCUUCCAUAGGUUCCAAAGGGAUGGUUUUGUUUUUGAGGAAUACUUAACCCAGAGUUUGACAAAUGAAGGGACUCCUUUGUAGGAAGGUAUGUUAAAUGGUGAUAUUAGCAUUGCUCCGCUCAGUGUGUUCAAGUGGUGGAUGCAUAUAUAUAAGUAAGACAAAAGUUAAAAAAAGUUUCUAAAAAAAACAAACUAUCACUUUAACACAACUCUGAUAACUGGAAAAAGUCCUGUUUGUGCAGACAGUGCAGACUUUUCAGGUCACAGCAGGAAGACAUGUUGAUGUCUGUGAUGACUGGGUUUUUCCUCCACAAACAUGUUGUCUAAUUUAUUUUUAAUUAUCCUUGAUGUGUAAGUUUUGACAACUGUGUUGUUUUAAAAGAGUUUUGCUGUAUGUGUGUGUUUAGCCGAAGGUGCUUUGUGCAGAGCUUAUGUUGUGUAUAUAAAUAACAAGGAUGCUCCAGCUUUAUUGCAGCUCCAGCGUAUUUUGGGUCAUUUGGAUUUUAUUUAUUUUGGGUUUUUUUUUUGGAUGUGUCCCACAGCACAAAAAACAUUUGUCUCCACUGUUGAGUUUUUUUUUUUUUUUUUUUCCUUUUUUAAAUAUGAGAGACAUGUUAUUAACAGUGCGAUUACACCUAACAACAAGUCUUCCUCCAAAAUAAAAUACAAAAAUCUUGGAUGAAAAUUGGGUGUA